GAGAGAGAGAGAGAGAUUUCAAAAACCACUUUCUCCUGUUCAUUCAAAAUUUCAAUGGCCAAGAAAAGUGAUACGGAUUCUCCAGUCAAAUGCUUUUCCAACAAAAGAAUUUUCAAGUCGAAUCUUCUACAGAAUUGCUUUAUUUUCCAGUAUUUUUUUCCACAGUUAGCUUUGUCUCAAAGCCAUCUCUUGUUCUUCUAUCCUUCACGAAUUUUUUGCUUAUAAAUUCUGGGUUUUGCUUAUAUUUGCAAAGAUUGAAGCCUUUUCAUUUGAGUCGCGUUUUAAUGGAUUUGAAAUUGAUUUAGGCUAAUAGCAUAGAAGUCCUUUCUUGCGUGAGAACUCGAUCCCUAAUGGAAGAAUCAAUGAAUGAGAAAUCAUUCAAAGCAUGGUCAUGGCCUGUAGAGCAGUGCUUGAAGGAGUACAAAGUGAAACUAAACAAGGGUCUGAGCGGCUACGAGGUGGAAAAGCAGAGAGAGAUAUUUGGUUGGAACGAGCUCAAAAAAGAGAAGGGGAAGCCCCUCUGGAGACUCGUUCUGGAACAAUUUGAUGAUAUGCUUGUCAAGAUCCUUUUAUUAGCAGCAUUAAUAUCAUUAGUUCUAGCUUACUUGCAUGGGAAUGAAACUGGAAAGUCAGGGUUUGAAGCCUAUGUAGAACCGUUUGUGAUAGUUUUAAUCUUAAUCCUUAAUGCCAUUGUGGGUAUUUGGCAAGAGAGUAAUGCUGAGAAGGCGCUUGAAGCUUUGAAGGAGAUGCAAUGUGAUUCUGUAAAAGUGCUUAGAGAUGGAUACUUACUUCUGGAUCUACCUGCAAGGGAGCUUGUCCCUGGUGAUAUUGUUGAAUUGAGUGUUGGAGAUAAAGUACCAGCGGAUAUGAGAGUCACGGUUUUAAAAACUUCAACCUUAAGAGUCGAGCAGAGUUCACUGACAGGGGAAGCAAUGCCUGUGUUGAAAGGCACCAACGCUAUUUUUAUGGAUGAUUGUGAAUUGCAGGCCAAAGAAAAUAUGGUUUUUGCUGGAACAACAGUUGUGAAUGGUAGCUGUGUUUGCAUUGUUGUGAACACUGGGAUGCGCACUGAAAUAGGCAAGAUACAAACACAGAUACAUGAGGCCUCGUUGGAAGAGAGUGACACCCCUUUAAAGAAAAAACUCGAUGAAUUUGGUAAUAGGCUUACAACUGCAAUUGGCCUUGUUUGCCUCACUGUAUGGAUUAUCAACUACAAAUAUUUCCUAACAUGGGAGCUUGUAAAUGGGUGGCCUACAAAUUUCCAGUUCUCUUUCGAGAGAUGCACGUAUUAUUUCAAGAUAGCAGUUGCCCUUGCAGUUGCUGCAAUACCAGAAGGCCUUCCGGCUGUAAUAACGACUUGUUUAGCUCUGGGUACAAGGAAAAUGGCACAAAAGAAUGCAAUUGUGAGGAAGCUUCCAAGUGUCGAGACCUUAGGAUGUACAACUGUUAUUUGUUCAGAUAAAACAGGGACCUUGACAACAAACCAGAUGUCAGUGACAGAGUUCUUCACCUUGGGAGGUAAGACUUUGGCCUCUCGAAUUUUUCAUGUCCAGGGCACAACUUAUGAUCCUAAGGAUGGAGGAAUAAUUGACUGGAAUUGCUAUAACAUGGAUGCCAACUUGCAAGCGGUGGCAGAAAUAUGUGCAAUCUGUAACGAUGCUGGCAUAUCUUAUGACGGCCGUGUGUUCAAAGCAACGGGACUGCCCACUGAGGCAGCUCUAAAGGUCUUAGUAGAAAAGAUGGGAGUUCCAGAUAGCAAGGUGAAGAACAGAAUCCGUGAUUCACAGCUUGCGGCGAACUAUUUGAUUGACCGAAACACGGUCAAGUUAGGGUGCUGUGAAUGGUGGACAAAGAGAAGCAAAAAAGUUGCAACCCUUGAAUUUGAUCGUGUUCGCAAAUCAAUGAGUGUUAUUGUCUGUGAGCCAAAUGGACACAAUCGCCUUCUUGUCAAGGGUGCUGUUGAGAAUCUUCUGGAACGUAGCUCCUACAUACAACUUGCUGAUGGAUCAAUCGUUCCCCUUGAUGAGCCCUGUAGGCAACUAUUGCUUCUAAGGCACUUGGACAUGAGUUCAAAGGGUUUGCGGUGCUUGGGUUUAGCAUAUAAAGAUGAAUUGGGGGAUCUUGCAGAUUACCAUACUGUGAAUCAUUCUGCCCACAAGAAGUUGCUAGAUCCUUCCUGCUAUUCCUCGAUAGAAAGUGACUUAGUUUUUGUAGGGGUAGUUGGUCUAAGGGACCCUCCUCGUAAGGAAGUUCGCGAAGCAAUGGAGGAUUGCAGAGGAGCAGGGAUCAAGGUUAUGGUGAUAACUGGAGAUAAUAAGUCAACGGCUGAAGCUAUCUGUCAAGAAAUUGGGUUGUUUUCUGAAGGUGGGAAUCUCCAAGGAAGAAGUUACACCGGUAAAGAGUUCAUGGCUCUUUCUUCUUCACAACAAAUUGAGAUUUUGUCAAAACCUGGGGGAAAGGUUUUCUCUCGAGCUGAGCCUAGGCACAAGCAAGAUAUUGUGAGGAUGCUAAAGGAGAUGGGGGAAAUUGUUGCUAUGACUGGUGAUGGUGUCAAUGAUGCACCUGCCUUGAAACUUGCUGAUAUUGGAAUAGCCAUGGGUGUCACUGGAACUGAGGUUGCCAAAGAAGCUUCAGAUAUGGUCUUGGCCGAUGAUAAUUUCAGUACCAUAGUUUCAGCUGUUGCAGAAGGUCGUUCAAUCUAUAAUAACAUGAAAGCAUUUAUCAGAUACAUGAUAUCAUCAAACAUUGGGGAGGUUAUAAGCAUAUUCUUGACUGCGGCUCUAGGGAUACCAGAAUGCAUGAUACCUGUGCAGCUGCUGUGGGUAAAUUUGGUUACAGAUGGCCCACCGGCUACAGCCCUUGGAUUUAACCCUGCUGAUGUUGAUAUUAUGAGAAAACCACCCCGGAGGAGCAAUGAUGCUCUCAUAAACCCUUGGGUUCUCUUCCGCUAUAUGGUGAUUGGUUCUUAUGUUGGCAUUGCUACUGUUGGCAUCUUUAUUUUGUGGUACACACAGCCAUCAUUCCUCGGUAUAAACCUUGUGGGCGAUGGUCAUACGCUGAUUGAACUGUCUAAGCUUCGCAACUGGGGAGAAUGCUCAUCAUGGUCAAAUUUUACUGCAACUCCAUUCACAGUUGGAGAUGGCCGUUUGAUUACUUUGUCCGACCCUUGUGAUUAUUUUUCUGCUGGUAAAGUGAAGGCAAUGACUCUAUCACUUUCUGUUUUGGUUGCGAUUGAAAUGUUCAAUUCUCUUAAUGCCCUCUCUGAAGACAACAGCUUGAUCCGAAUGCCACCUUGGAGAAAUCCUUGGCUUCUUGUUGCCAUGUCAGUCUCACUGGGGCUACAUUGCCUCAUACUUUACGUGCCUUUCCUUGCGGAUUUGUUUGGUAUCGUUCCACUGGGUUUAAAUGAAUGGCUCCUGGUCAUCUUGGUUUCAACCCCAGUCAUUUUGAUCGAUGAAGUUCUUAAAUUAUUGGGAAGGAGAAGAAAAUCAAGAACAAAAGUUAAGAAAGCAUAA